CAAUGUCGAUCUGAAGCAGAGACGGCGAUAAUUUGAUACUGUAUCUAUUGCUUCAGCCGUCGCACGCCGCAUUUCCUCAUCUCGUUGGACAGUCUCAUAUACUGGCUGAUGCCUGUAUAAUGGCUUAAUCUGACGACUUGACGCGUAACUGGGAUUUUACAAUCCUGCACCCUGCGAAUACUUUCUUUAACUACAGGAACCCACCCAAGCUCAAAGACAAGCUCCAACUACUAAUAAUCAACUGGGGGAGACAAAGACAGCCAGGAGAAGGCUCUGGCAACAUUGCCGGCACUCUCAGUUCUAUAUCUAUCGUCCUAACCCCAAUGAUGGUAGUGGAACGCUUCGGCUCGUGAUCGAUAUCGAUACCCGACCUCCCUUCGACUUGAGGCAACUCCAACCCACGCCAGCCAACAGAACAACCUCCCUCAUCAUGUCGCAGUAUCCCCACGGAUAUGGCCAGUAUCAUGGCUCCCUUCCCCAUUAUUCAUAUCCGUAUCAAUCUCCUGCAGCUUACACACCGCCGGUGUAUGGUUCGCCCCCCGAUCCUCGCGCAGCAGCCGCGCACUACGCAAUGUCACAGAACUCUUUCAACCACAAUGCGAACACGAUACCAGGGCUGGGCAUAGUGGGAACCCCUAAUUCUGGAAGCGCGUACAACCCGCCCGGACUGGGUGGCUGGGUCCAGGGACAGGGCCAUGGCCAGGCCCAGACUCCUUCAUAUUCGGCAGGCGCGCCCGGUCUUGCGGUCCAGCAGCCCGUCCCUAUGCCCGAUUCCUUCCCUCAAGAACCCCAACAGCAGUUUCCUACCCGUCAUGACCCACCCCAAGCUUCAAAUCGAAUCUCAAAUACAGACGAAAUGGGGAGGCAGGGCAGUGAGGAGAUGGAAGAGGGCGAGCUGAGUGAAGGUCAGUUCGAGGAUCUCUACGAGCCAAGAGAACCGGCUCUGGUUUCGACUUCUCGCAGUGCAAAUCAAGCUCCUCCCCAACAAGGGGGUUCGAAUGCGGACAUGAGUCGCGGUGCUAGUGUUGUUGACACACCUGAAGCUGGAUUCUACUUGACUGAAGAGGAAGAACCGGUCGCUGGGGCGGCUAAGAAUGGCAUGGGUGCAGGUCGCGAACGGUCUGGAUCAUAUUCUCCAUACUUGUCCCCAAGAGAGAUCCAAUGCGACAGAACGCCAAAUGACGGAAAUCUAAGUCCUCAAGCUCACCCACCAGCCCAAUAUUCACAUUUGCCGAAGGCCAAUGAGCACAGCCAACAGGUACCUGGGCUACAGCAUGCGGCUGGUCUAGACUCAAACGGCUACACCGUCAAAGACCUGCCAUCCCCACGCAGUCAAACGGCACAUCAAGCAAACGGGAGCCAGUGGGCUUUCAAGUCUUUGGACGAAGCCAAGAAAGAGGCCCAAAAAGCAAUUCUUAGGCUUUGGCCAUUGGGCGUCAAGUUCCAACACUACAUCGACGAAGGAUUUGAUGAGAAGGUGAUAAAGUCGCUGUUCGACGCACUCCAUCUCGACAUCUCGACUGGCAGGCCCAAGGAACCUGAAUCACGGCAGGCCCCGGCACAAGAUUCGACUUCGAAACCAGAAGCUCAGGCUGCCAUGCCUUCUAAACCCCCAUCCGCAGGCGACCAAGCCGCCGCACACGGUCAGAAACCAGCAGAGACUUCGAAGCCUGAGGCAGCUGAUAGAUCGGAGGAACGCAAAGACCGUAUUGCUCGUCUCCUGGCCGCCAAAGCUGCAAAGACUGCUCCUACUCAACCGGAUCCACCAGCCACAGCCACAGCCAUGGAGAGUGGGACAUCGGCUUCGACAGGAAAGCCCAAAACCAGAGAAGAAAAGGAACUACUUCUCCAGCAGAAAAUGGAGGCUCUGCGAAAGUCACGCGAAGCUCGUGCGCAGAAGGCCGAUUCCAAAGAGCCUUCGCCUUCCUCGAGGCCCGAUAGCGCUGAAGCGUCGGCAUCUGCUGCUCCACAGCCAGAACCAGACCAGCCAGAACCAGACCACCGCCCUGCCCCUAUCCAGUCUGUGACAACUGGCACAUCACCCAGCUCUAAUACUCCCUUAGCCCAAGAAGUCGUGCCGGAGCAAACGCCCCAAGCGUCUGGCUCUAUCCCAGGUCUCACUCUCUCAUCAACGGAACAGCCGGUGCAGUCCAUCAACCAGCGUAAGCGUCCCGUCGCCAUGGAUUUUGUCGAUUACCCAUCGACAGUGGGCUCCCUCAAACGCCCGUUCGGUCAAGAACGAGAAGACUCGUCACUUGUUAUUGAUGUCAGCGAUGCAUCUGACGAGGAAAUGGACAUUGACAUGGACGAUGAUUCACCCACCGAGCCCUCUGCCGUCAUUCAACGCACCGACAGCUCAGCUCGCAAAGGGCCUUCGAUUCGCGACUUUCCGCCCUUGACAGACGCGUCGCAGCGGCAAUAUUCUAGCCCCGCGCCGCCCAGUCGCACUCCACCGACUGCAUUCCCGAAUGGAAAGCCGCGAGUAUCCGAGUUGGACCGGAAAGAGAAGGCGAUUCAAGAAAUGCGGCGGAAGAUCGCCGAGGCUGAGGCGAAGCGAAAGGCCAAGAAGGCCUCUGGAGGCUCGCAGACGCCCAACGCAGAUGCCGUCACGCCACCAGAACCAAGAGAUGGCGAGACGCCCAGGCCGCCUUUAAGCAGAGUCGUUUCCACGAGUGACGUCGAGAUGUCUGACGGUCCAUCGGCACAGCUAAUCUCAGAGUCUGGCUCAGCGAAGCUUCCAAAGCCCUCCGAGACACGCCUCAGGGAUGAGUUUCGGGCCGAACGUCGGGGGCGGAUCGCAAGUCUCGACCUUCCACGUAUCGAUGGCACCUUGCAAGAGAAGAUUAAUAAGCUGAAACGGCUUCGAGAGGAGGAAGCAAGGCUGCAGGCGGAGAUCGACGAAGGCUUGGCAGAGAAGAACAAAUUAACAGACGAGCUGAUCCAGCUUGACGAGGAGAUUCCGGACGAGUCCCGAGAAGGGGUCGGGCAGCCUAUUGAAGACGCCUCAAAUGCACCGAGGAUAACGUCACCUGCCGUCCAGACGAACUUGUCGCCCAAGCUAACUACCUCCAUUGGCGAGAACACUGGUCCGACAAUCCAUGGUUCGGUCACGGAGGAGGCUGCGCCUUCUCCGAGCCAGAAUACUCGUGGCCAGUCUCCGGCCUUGGUCGAGAAUGCCCACCCCUUUAGAGACCAGGAGCAUAAGGGUGAUGUCCAGCCUAACGAUGAAGGCAAUGAACCACCGGAACGCGUCAUCUCCCCCGGCAUCGCGUUGCCUGAUGCUCCUCGGCAACCAUCUACCGCAGAAGUCGGGAUGAACCCCGAGCAAGGGACAACCGAAUUCUCUACCCCAUCCGCCCCAUCCGCCCCAUCCGCCCCAUCCGCAAGUAGCGAACCGACACAGGAAUCUGCCACUAUGGGUACCGUAAUGAGCGAGCCUGCUCCGAUCGAGACUCCCCAGGAGGACGGCGAGAUACAGUCCGACUCUUACGAACCGCCGGAACCGAUGGAACAAGACUCGGCAGACCAUGUGACGAGCGCAUCGUCGCCUUUCAGCCCUGCGCCUGCCGCCGACUCUCCCGCGGCUGACAACACCGAUGACCAGAGAAUCAGGAACACGACAGGGACUUCACCAUUGCUAGCUCAAAUCUCCCUCGUUGCACAGCCCCGCGAUUCGGUUCAGGAGAUGGAAGCUACUGCGAUCCCCAGCGAAGUUGAGACCGCGUCGGAGCAGAAAUCCGAGCCAAGCUUUGGAGCCUAUGAGAGCCCCCUGCAGUACUUCCGUGCCUACAGGUUCCACCCCGAGUACCGCAGCAGAGUCUCGGGCGGCCUGAAGUCAUUGACCUAUAGUAGCAGAAUCGACCCCAACAGGGAGCUUUGCCCGUACGAUCUCAGCAGCCAGCCGUGCCCGCAAGGGGAGUCGUGCCAGCUCCAGCAUUUCAGGUCUAUUAUUGCGCCCGAUGACCAAAUUCUCCUCGAGCUGGGCAGGGCCGACGACUACACGGGUGAACAGAAAAACCGGUUUAUCCAGGGCCUCCGGGAGCUCCUCCAGAACUUCCGUGCCAACAAGAUUAGAGAUUUUGAGACCAUAGCCACCGGGAUCAUCGAAUUCCGAUCGCGGUUCUUGGGCGAUAAGUCCAAGGUUCUCCACCUGGAAGGGGUCGCCAUUUGAUCAAUCUACAACGCUGCUAUGCUUAGCCGCUUUAAGGAAGUCAUUGCUCUAUUUUCUCCGCAAGCAAGUCGACAUGCUUAUCACUACGACGGAUAUAUCCUACAAAAGGCGCGUCACUAGAUAAUCCGAGACCCAAUAAACUCCUUGUUGCUUGUAUUGCCAUCUAUACCAAUAACCUAAAACC